AUGUCACAAGUCAUCGCCGAUUUAACUCAACUGGCAUUCACUCUUCGUGAUGAUGCCAUCAAUUUCCUUCCACAAUUACAACAAACCAAAAAACUCUCUUCCAAUCAAUUAACUCUUCUCAACAUUCUUCAUCUUGUACCAUAUAUAUUUUCAUUUUUCUUUCCGGGUUGGAGUAUGUGGUUUUGGGGGUUUCCAUCUGUAUCAUCAUCCAAUUCCUCCGAAGUAGUGGAAGCCACCCCUAAUCUCGACAAUCAUGUGCUCCUCCUCUCCGUACCAUCUACUCUUAUUCGAUUCAUUUCAGUCUUUGCAUUGGGAUUGAUUUUUGUGAAUUUACUGCAACGAAAAUUACAGUUGCAAUUUGAAAUGAAAAAGAGUCGACAAGUGAUUUCAGAAAUAUUUAUCAUGAUGGGACUUUAUUUUGCCACGUUGGCUGUCACGAAGGUGUUAAAUGUAUUUGGAAAUUUUGGAUUGUGGAAUUUUUUGAUUGCUUUACUGCAAGUCGCGUAUUAUUUGGUGUUUAGUUUUCAUAACAUGUUACAUGGAUCUUUAAUUCAAGUAGAGAAGCAGAAGGAUCACUAA